ACUUCCUGAAUUUCGAUUCAGCAAAACGUUAACAAAUUGUUAAAUCAAUCAGUGGUACCGUUUGCGAACAGCCACAGGAAGAGGGCAAUGAUCGAAGUAGCUUAGCGUGUCCUCUCUCCGAAAUAAUCUCGCAUGCGCCAGGAUCCCAAAUAUCCCUGGCUAAAGUAAAGGUCGAUGGAGUGGGUUGAGUUCAUAGCAAAGUCGCGAACCACUCGGGUCACCAGGCCCACCCUUCCAUAUCCGUUCAAAUAAUUGUGAUAAAGCUCAGUAAAUCCCUGGAAUAUGGCUGACAUCAAGGAGCACGUCAAGCCUGAGCAGGAGGAUGACGAGAACUACGCCAUCAGGACAAACGCAGAUCCUAAGAAUAUGCAGGAGUUGACACAAUUCGUCCAGACGUUACUGCAGGGCAUGCAGGACAAGUUCCAGGCAAUGUCGGACCAAAUCAUUGGGAGAAUAGACGAAAUGGGAAAUCGAAUAGAUGACCUCGAGAAGAACAUCGCCGAGCUGAUGACCCAGGCUGGAGUAGAGGGUACGGACAAGUGAAUCCAUUCCAUCCAACAGAGCACUAACGAAUUCAACAGUCUCCACUGAUC